AUGGAAAAUGAAUCACCUCUCUCACCAAACCCUACCCAAGAAUCCCUAGAUUCCGACCCCUCCCUCCAAAAGAAGCACCAAUCCAUGCUCGACCGCCUCACCCACCGCCACCAAUCCCGCCUCGACACCUCCCUCACGCGCCGCUCCGAUUCCGACCCCUCCCCUUCCUUCGAGUCCACCUCCGCCUUCCUCUCCCGCUUCUCCGCCUCCAAAUCCUCCGUCGAUUCCCAGCUCUCCCUCUCCCGCCGCCUCCCCGCCGACGACCUCAAGCCCCACCUCGACCAAAUCUCCGCCUCCAUCUCCGACCUCGAGAAGCUCGUCGCCGAAAACUCCUACUUCCUCCCCUCCUACGAACUCCGAUCGUCGCUCAAAACGAUCUCCGAUCUGCGACAAACCCUAGAAAAUCUCAGCGCCGAGCUUCUGCCGAAGAAGAAAUUCUCUUUCCGAAACAAAUCAAAGAGCGAGCCGAAACCGAAGGAGAAGGAGCCGGAGAAGGAGCCGGAGAAGCCGGAGUUCAAAGUUCCGGCGUCGCCGGGGAUUUGGAGCAAGAAAGGGGAGACAUUAGUGAGGAAGUUUUCGGGGUCAGAAAUCGGAGAGUUUACGAUUUCGGACCUGGAUUCAUGCGAGGUGAGGCUGAUGGGGUCUGUGAGGGCCCUAUUUGUGCAUAGGUUGAGGAAUUGUAGGGUUUAUACUGGGCCGGUGACCGGUUCGGUACUGAUUGAAGGAGUUGAGGAGUGUGUUUUUGUUAUGGCUUCGCAUCAGAUUCGUAUUCAUAAUGCGAAGAAGUGUGAUUUUUAUCUGAGAGUGAGGAGCAGGCCUAUAAUUGAGGACAGCUGUGGGGUGAGGUUUGCGCCAUACUGUUUGAGGUAUGAUGGGAUUGAGGAGGAGCUUAGGGAGACUAGUCUUGAUGAGGAGACGGAGAAUUGGGGUAAUGUGGAUGACUUUUUGUGGUUGAGGGCAGUUCAGUCGCCGAAUUGGUCUGUCUUGCCGGAGAAUGAGAGAGUUGGUUUGGUACAUUUUUCAAGCUUGGAGGAAAGUUGAGCUGUUGCCGGUUUUGGUUGUUGCUAGUAAGAGAUCUCCAUGGCUUUAAUGAUGAAAAACAUCCUACAUCUGAGGAGGAUAAAAACUAGUUGGGGGUGGCUUGUCACUUGUGGAUUUGACUUAUGUCGUAUCAGCAGCACAAUUUUUCUAUGCAGAAGAUGCUUAUCUCUGCUUUGAAGAGAAGCCUAGACAUCUACACAGUGAUAUCCAGAUAAGAAGAGAAAGAAACUUUGUCAAUAUGCGAAGCCAAAAAGGAAAUGGACAAGAAUGGUGGGGGAUUGGAAACAUGAUAAUAAGGGAAGGAUGAUGGUGCACUUGAUCUCCCAAAUCCAGUGACUGGUUUUGCACUCCUUCCAAUUUUAAAUUUCUAUAUU